UUUCUCCAUGGCAACACGCCAGCGCUGCGUCAGUAGCGGCGGCUGUAGCCUUGGAGCCCUGUUCGGGAAAGACAAACAAACAAACAAAUCUUGGGAGUGUUGGACCCAGUGUUGGAGUCUCGGCUGCUUCCCCCCUUAGCACGGAGGAAGCUUUGGAGGAAAUUUUCGGCGUGACGGAGAAUCCCCCAAAAGGAAGGAGGGAACUGUCCGUUUUAGGAAGGCAAUCAUAAGAAAAAUUGCAAUUGCUUUUUGAGAUGAUAUCAAAUUCAUUUUACCUUGGAAUUAAACUUUACUGAGAAAGUAUGGUACGACUCACACUGGAUCUGGUUGCCAAGAGUGCCAACCAAAAGAACCGAAAAGAGGAGAAUAUUACACAAUAUUUGAAGAAAAUAACUCACCUAAACUUUUCAAACAGAAAUAUAGAUAUAAUUGAUGACCUCUCUCUAUGCAAAAAUCUCAGUGUUUUAUAUUUGUAUGAUAACAAUAUUGGCCAAAUUGAUAAUCUGAGUUUUGCAACAAAUCUAACACACCUAUAUCUACAGAACAACUGUAUAUCAUGUAUAGAGAACCUCAGCUCAUUGAAGAAACUUGAGAAAUUGUACCUGGGUGGCAACUACAUUGCUGUAGUAGAGUCUUUAGAAGGAUUAGGAGAGCUCAGAGAACUACAUGUUGAGAGUCAAAAGCUUCCCCUUGGUGAAAAGCUUCUUUUUGAUCCAAGAACUCUUCAGUCCUUGGCAAAUUCUCUGUCUGUAUUAAAUAUCAGCAACAACAAUAUUGACGAAAUAAAAGACUUGGAAACACUGGAGAAUCUCACUCAGCUUAUAGCAGUUGACAACCAACUUCUUCAUGUGAAGGAUUUGGAGCUUUUACUGAACAGGUUGCCCAAAUUAUGGAAAAUGGAUCUGAAUGGAAAUCCUGUCUGUCUCAAGCCAAAAUACAGGGACAGAUUGAUCGUGAUGUCCAACUCUCUAGAAAGUCUUGAUGGGAAAGAAAUAAAACAAAUAGAAAGACAAUUCCUAAUGAAUUGGAAGGCAUCCAAAGAUGCUAGGAAAAACAUGAAGAAAAAGAGUGUGAUAUGGGAUGCUUCAGCCCCUCCAAACAAAAGUGACUUUGAAUCAACCCAUCAACGAAUUCCUGGUUAUUACGGUGCCCCACAGAAAGCUUAUCGUGAAGCAUAAGCAAAACCUGACACCCAGAAUGAUGAAUCUGAACCUUCACAAAGCCACCUGUACCCCUAAUGUGACAGUUAUAUUUAGUGAUGUCUUUUUUGAUUAAAAAAAAAAUGAAGAUCUAAACUAUAGGCUAUACUUAUAGCUUUGCAAUCUGGAUUUUUGUUUUUGACAACUGUAUCUCUUAUAGUUGUAUUAUUUCAUGAUUUGAUUUUAUUAUGAAGGAAAAAACUAGUGCUUGCCCUUUUA